AGCAAGUUCAUUGGUAAGAAAAUCAUUUGUUUCUUGGAGUUUCACCAAAGAAGCCUCGAGCGACUUGUUCACAUUUAGUAUAGUGUCAUCGGUGAGCUCCUUGAUAGCAGUCUUAAAAUCCGAGAGGGAUGAUGGUUGACUGGCUGAAGACAUCUGGUACAUCCGCAGUGGCUAACAGAAGGCUGAACGCGUUUUCAAACGUGCGACGCUGAAAAAUGCUCUUGAUACAGAAGCACUUAUCGACGUGCGGGAGAUUAGCCAGCAAGCUAACAUCUUGGCUAUCUGAGAAACCUUCUUCCAUUUUUUGUUCUCAAACCUAGUGGUGAGGCUCAACCUAAACUUCGGGGAAGUUGGAUUAUAGCUCAUCUACAAGUUCAUUUGUGAGACGCACUGAUAGCGCCUAAAGCUUUCGAAAUGAUAGGACGUCACAUCAACAAAGCCGUGUCAAGGAUUCGUGUCUGGCCAGUGAUUGGUUUGACGUAUAGAUCAAAUUCAACCAUGGCGCUUGAGCCCUUCAAACCGAUCCACCCUCUUCUUCUCCAACGGGCAGAGACUUUAACGAAAGAAUUCGAUGCGGUCGAAAAGGCCAUGGCCAUGGGCACAUUUGAUCACGAAACAAGCGUAAAAUUCUCGCGGCUUUCUGUAAUCAUGGAAAACCUCGGGAGGUACAAAGAGAUCACUCUGGACUAUGCGCUGUUGCGUGAGAUGAUUGACGAAGCGUCAGACGAAGAACUCAUAAAAGAGGCCGUGGCCGAAAUCCUGGGACUCCUUUCGCAGAUUUCAAAAACUACUCAGGCACUAGAGAAACAACUAUUGCCACCAAUCAUACAUAAUGAUAAGCCUGCGAUUAUGGAACUCCGGCCUGGAGUAGGUGGCUCAGAAGCAGCGCUUUUCACUGAGGAUCUUCUCAACAUGUACACGAACGUAGCCAGUCAUAAACGUUGGCGGACCUCGGUGAUCAGCGAGGCCCGAGGGACUAGUGGGAUGCUAAAUGAGGCGAUCAUCAGUUUCGAUUCUCCUGAAGCAUACGACUUUUUAAGACACGAGAGUGGGAUUCAUAGAGUCCAGCGCAUUCCGGCCACAGAAACAAAAGGACGCAUUCACACAUCGACCGCAGCAGUAGUUGUAUUACCCAAAAUAUCGGAUGGUACAGAACAGUCUUUAAAAGAGGACGAGAGGCAGUUUGCUCCAGGCGAGGUCCGUAUCGAUACCAUGAGAGCAGGUGGAAAAGGCGGACAGCAUGUGAAUACUACAGAUUCUGCCGUGCGGCUUGUUCAUAUCCCCACUGGCAUAAUUGUCAGUCAGCAAGAUGAGAGGUCGCAGCCGAGGAACAAGGCAAAAGCGUUCUCAAUUUUGAGAGCAAGAUUGGCACAAUUGGACCGCGAGAGGGAAAUAGCCGAGCAAAAGAAGCUCAGAACAGAUCAGGUGAGUACGACUGACCGUUCAGAUAAGAUCCGGACGUAUAACUAUCCCCAAAACAGAGUGACAGACCACCGUUGCGGACAUUCGGUCCAUGAUUUGCCAGGUUUUAUGGAGGGCUACAAGAUGGAUGAAAUGGUGAGUAAAUUAGAUUCUACCGAAUUUGAGGAGCGUCUUCAGGCACUCAUUGCCCAAAAGAGUUGAAGAAAAUAGCAUAUGUAUAUAGAAACCUCAAAUUUGACAGAUCUUCAAAUAGUUUUUACCAAUGCAGUAGAGCUCGCCGGCAUAAUCUACAAACAUA